UAGAGCGAUAAGCACGGACAUGACCAGUUGCUAUGUGGCUAGGGCAUUUUGCAGCAGUACGUGCUCCUAGUGCUCAACUUUAUCGGAAUAGGUACAAAUAGCAGACGUCAAAACAAACUGCGCAUACUAGUAAUGAAAUGUGUUUGUUGCAAAGUGAUUGCAAUAGCGACAUUAUUCGUUAGCUGUAGCAUGGCGAGGUGAGGUGACGGGGCUGCGCGCUGCGUACUUUCCGGCACAUUCAUCACAACCAUGGUUACAAACAAGCCGCCGCUGGAAAUGGCGAGUGGCUUAUCCUAACGGGCUACAGCGGUGUUGUAAAGAAGAUAUGUUACGGACACAGACAUAUCAGGUGGCGCUUUGUGUGAUACGCUAGCUGGACAAGUGGACACAAUGGAGGAGCCGUGGGAUUUUGAGUUUUUGUCUCGCAUCGCUGACAGCUGCGUGUCUUUCCUCUCCGAGUUCGUUGACGACUGGCUCGCCAACGACAUGAGAGUGUCCAUAUUCAAAAUCCUACUCAGCUGGUUGAUUUUUAGCCUCGUCGCGAUUCACUUUGCGUGGAAAGUCUACGGAAACACAGUGAACGACAUGUACUACAGACAAGGUACAGGACAGAAUGGAGGCACACCUGACACUGCACCUCACCUGAGUGGAUGGGAAAGCACCGCAGGAGGUACACUGAAGACCCAUCGAGAGUGACAGUCAGGACAAUGCUAUGGACCCUGAGAAAACUGUUCAUACAGUAUGUGGUUUUAUCAGAACAACUAACCAGGCGACUCAGAUGUGACAGACGUAACUGUGCCUUCACGUUGUUUGAUAACAAUGCAUUGUCUUCACUGCAGUAUGAGGGAUGCCCCCACUGGCUUUGAAAAUGUGGCUGUCGUCAAGCAUACUGGACUGGGUGCUCCAGUGUCGACUGCCUCUCAGAAAUUAUUCUAGCCUAUCAGUAUUGGCCAAUGAGUACCACUUUAUUCUACUUAAAUGCCCAUCUAGAUUUGUUCAGUGGAUAAGACAGUUUUCCAUGGCUGAAAAGGCUUCUGGAGUAUGGUGAGCAGAGGGUGUUGUGUGUGAAUGUGUCAUUUGAGGACUCUUCAGAUACAUGCAUCAACUAUUGGGAGCAAACAGAAGUCUACUUCUAUUCAGAAGCCACUAAACAAGGAAAAUCUGUUGGACUUUAUUCAAGUGAUAUAUGCAAGGGGAAUACAAUGUAUGGUGUGCUUCACAUUUUAAUUUGGUUGGCCAUAUAAGAUGCUACGACAGGACACACAGAGUUUAACAGGAAGGGAGUACUUCAGACAGCUUUUUUUUAAGUGAUUUAAAUUACAUCAGGAUCAAACCAGAGUAAGUGAAUGAUUUCAGAUUCAGAGGUGACAAGCUUUGCAUGGUAUGCUUGGUUUUGAUCCACAGUGGUUGGCAGUAGCCAGGGCUGUUUAAAUUGUGGGUAUUUCAUGAAGAAUGGUCAUGGCUUGUUGAAAGACAGUAAUUAUGAAUAGUGGUUCAUGUCUCAUGUACUUAUUUUUUAUUCAUUAAUGUUCAGCAACUUAACAGUUAAAAAAAUGGUCUGUCUCACAGUCAGUUACUGAUUUACACUGAAGACCAGAAUCAGUCUGUAGCGCUAGACAGUGGGCUACAGGAUAUUUACAGAAAUGUUUGUUGAUGUGCAUUGUUCCUUAUUAAGUAAAAUGAUGACACAAUCUCAGCACAUUAAAUAAAUCAAAGUUCCUGAAAGAGUCAAGCAUUGCAGGCAGCAGACUGAAGAACUGUGCCAGCUUAAGUAUUUUUUUCCAGUAGCCCGACUGAUAAAUCUGCUUGUUGUGCUUUGAUGUCACCAAUGUUUUUCAACUCCAAAGUGCAGUAUGAUUGGAAAAUUUGAUUUCUUUAAUAUUAUCUGUCUUUUUCAGUACCAUUUGAUGUUGAAUGAAAGCACAUUAAAUCAUUAUUCUAAACCCAA